UCUCUUUCUCUUUUUCCGUCUGGCCUCUUCUUUCUUCUCUGGUCCUUUUUUCCGGUUUCGUCCGACGAUGCGCGCUUUCCUGACCGACCCCCGCUGUGCCGAAGCGAAAACGCCGCGACGUAGACUUUCCGAGGAACCCCGAGGUUGCGAAGGUAAUCUCGGUGGCGCGUAUAGCCAUCCGACGACGCUGCACCGCGCUCGCAACAGGUAACUCUCGCGGCACGGCUAAUGGCCGAGGAGGUAUCCCGGCAGGUAACGACGCAGGGGGAGGAGCAUCGCGGCGGAAAGGUGAAGAGAGGAGAGAGGAGGGGGAUGGAUGGUCGUAGGUCGGAGAGGUGGAAUUCAGGUGCAAGAGUCGCGGUGCUCGGGAAUCCUCGGUAGUUCACCGCGACCGUUCGACGCGACAACCAAGCUCCGGACGUCGAAUACCUCUUCUAUUUUCGACCUUUCGCCGCGUUUUCUCUUCUUACGUCAUCGCGUGUUUCCUCGUGCACCCCGACUGAAAGUGUGUCCGCCGUGCGUUUCGUGGCGAUCGCCGAAAUGCCGAUCGACGAUCCGGUUCGAACGCGACUGUACCCACCGAUCUUGGACGGAACGAUUCGACGCAUUCGCAGCGAGACGAGCAUGCCCGCGUUUCAGGACCGCGCGAUCGAGCGCCGCUGAUCGACCAGCGUCUUCACAGCGUCGUUUCCACGAAUCGCCAGAGAGAAUCGUGGCCACCGCGUGCCGCGAGACGAUGAGACCUUCCAUGGGAUCGUUUGCUCUGGCUUUGCUGCUUCUGCUGCUCGUCGGCUCCGCGGCUGCAGCAUUGAAUCCCGAGGGGACCAAGUGCGGCGAGAAACUUUGCUCCACCGUCGAGUAUUGCAGUCCAUACGACAAACAUUGCAAACCGUGUUCCAAUAUCUGCGACGCUACCGGCCGCAACUAUCAACCCAACGAGUGUGUCUCCGAUUGUCAAGAGUAUCUUCAUGACAAACGGUACGUCCUCCUGAAGCAGUACGAGGAUCUGAGAGGGGAAGUCGGGAGACUUUGGAUUCUAGCCGCGGCCUCGAUCGCGAUAGCCUUCUUGUCCCUGCUGUCCACCUUCUACCUGAUAGCGCAAAAGUUUCCAAGAUGGGAGAAGAUGCGUAACGCCGUGAGUCGGACUUUUACCGGUAGGAGGGUAAGGAGAACGUCUCACGGUAACGGCGGCAACAAGAAUAUCAACAACAACAACAACAAGACGACGCAACAAGACGCGGAAUUGGGCACGUCGAAGCUGAACGGAUUGAAGCUACCGAUGCCGACGAUCAGCGCGAGCGUGGCUCCGAGCCGAUGCGCGGAGAAGGAUGGCGGCCACGGGAACGGAAAUUGCAGCGCGAGCGGAAGCGGAAGCGGAAUCGGGAUCGGGAUCGGGAUCAGCACGGUGAGCGGGAGCGGGAGCGGGAGCGGGAGCGGGAGCGGGAACGGAAGCGGAAGCGGUACCGGCCCCGGUAACGCGACGCCAAACACCACGAGCACCUCGCUCUCCAGGAGGCAUCCCAGCGAGGACACCACUCUGGACUACGCUUACGACAAUCCGGCGAUGACGCCCAGCCCGGAAUCCGUCCAACUGAGAACGAAACGCGAGAGUUCCUUCUAGAACACCGUCGCUCGCGAGAACUGUGUGUACAUACGACGUAGGAUUAAUUAAUUGCCGAGAAACUCGAUCGCGUUCGUACGCGCGAGAAAUCGCGCGACCUUCCGCGGAUCCUUAUCAGCCAUUCCGUCCAUGAAAGGCCUUUCGAGCGUAGCUCGGCCAGUCCGAUAACGAGGUCGAGCUUCGCAUAGGUCAGCGACGGCACGCGGUGAUCGACCGAAUACGUCGCGCGCACGCUCAAUUCGAAUGCUCGACGGUCGACGGUCGACGGAGAAAGAGAAGAAGGAGAAAGAGAAAAGAAAGGAUUGGUACGGUCGUUCGCACGCCCGAGCCUCGCUGCCCUUAGAUGCUAAGUUACACGUACGACAGCGAUCGCGACGCGAGACGCGGUCGCUCGACGACGAGGAAUCGAUGUCUUCCAGCGAACGACGUCGUCGUCGCCGCGGCCGUUCCAGUCGAGCGUUCGCAAAACUAUCUUUAGUCUCUUUAAGUCGCGUUUUUCUUCGGUUAUCGAUCCGGUAGUUUGUAUUCGAAUAAAUAAACGCUCGAACGCAU